AUGAGGCUGAAGAUCGGGUUCAUCUUACGCAGUUUGCUGCUGGUGGGGAGCUUCCUGGGGCUGGUGGUCCUCUGGUCCUCCCUGUCCCCGCGCCUGGACGACCCGAGCCCGCUGAGCAGGAUGAGGGAAGACAGAGAUGUCAAUAACCCCAUGCCUAACCGAGGAGGCAAUGGACUAGUUCCUGGGGAUGACAGAUUCAAACCUGUGGUACCCUGGCCUCAUGUUGAAGGAGUAGAAGUGGACUUAGAAUCUAUUAGAAGAAAAAACAAGGCCAAAAAUGAACACGAGCACCAUGCUGGAGGAGAGAACCAGAGAGACAUAAUGCAGAGGCAGUAUCUCACUUUUAAGCCUCAGACAUUCACCUACCGGGAUCCUGUGCUACGCCCCGGGAUCCUCGGUAACUUUGAACCCAAAGAACCUGAGCCUCACGGAGUGGUUGGUGGCCAUGGAGAGAAUGCCAAGCCAUUGGUUUUGGGACCAGAACUCAAACAUGCAGUUCAAGCCAGCAUUAAAGAGUUUGGAUUUAACAUGGUGGCAAGUGACAUGAUCUCCCUGGACCGCAGCGUCAAUGACCUCCGGCAAGAAGAGUGCAGGUAUUGGCACUACGAUGAGAACCUGCUCGUUUCCAGCGUUGUCAUUGUCUUCCAUAAUGAAGGCUGGUCAACCCUCAUGAGAACAGUCCACAGUGUCAUUAAAAGGACCCCAAGGAAAUAUUUAGCAGAAAUUGUAUUAAUUGAUGAUUUCAGCAAUAAAGAACACUUAAAAAAACAACUGGAUGACUAUAUUAAACAGUGGAAUGGUCUAGUAAAGGUAUUUCGAAAUGAGAGAAGAGAAGGUUUAAUUCAAGCACGAAGUAUUGGUGCCCAGAAGGCUAAACUUGGGCAGGUUUUGAUAUACCUUGAUGCCCACUGUGAGGUAGCAGUUAACUGGUAUGCACCACUUGUAGCUCCCAUUUCUAAGGACAGAACCACUUGCACUGUGCCGAUCAUAGAUGUCAUAAAUGGCAACACAUACGAAAUUGUGCCCCAAGGGGGUGGUGACGAAGAUGGGUAUGCCCGAGGAGCAUGGGAUUGGAGUAUGCUCUGGAAACGGGUGCCUCUGACCCCUCAAGAGAAGAGAAUCAGAAAGACAAAAACUGAACCAUAUCGGUCCCCAGCCAUGGCUGGUGGGUUAUUUGCCAUUGAACGAGAGUUCUUCUUUGAACUGGGUCUGUACGAUCCUGGUCUCCAGAUCUGGGGUGGUGAAAACUUUGAAAUCUCAUACAAGAUAUGGCAGUGUGGCGGCAAACUACUGUUUACCCCUUGUUCUCGUGUGGGACAUAUCUACCGUCUUGAGGGCUGGCAAGGGAACCCUCCGCCCAUUAAUGUUGGCUCUUCUCCAACUAUGAAGAAUUAUGUUAGAGUUGUUGAGGUCUGGUGGGAUGAAUAUAAAGACUACUUCUAUGCCAGUCGUCCUGAAUCCAAGGCGUUAGCAUAUGGGGAUAUCUCUGAGCUAAAAAAAUUUCGAGAAGAUCACAACUGCAAAAGCUUCAAAUGGUUCAUGGAAGAGAUCGCUUAUGAUAUCACCUCACACUACCCUUUGCCACCCAAAAACAUUGACUGGGGAGAAAUCAGAGGCUUUGAAUCUGCUUACUGCAUCGAUAGCAUGGGAAGGACGAAUGGAGGCUUCGUUGAACUAGGACCCUGCCACAGGAUGGGAGGCAACCAGCUUUUCCGAAUCAAUGAAGCAAAUCAACUCAUGCAGUAUGACCAGUGUUUGACAAAAGGGCCUGAUGGAUCAAAAAUCAUGAUUACACACUGCAACCUGAAUGAAUAUAAGGAAUGGCAGUACUUCAAGAACCUGCACAGGUUUACUCACAUUCCUUCUGGCAAGUGCUUAGACCGCUCGGAUGUCCUCCAUCAAGUGUUCCUCUCCAAUUGUGACUCCAGUAAAAUGACUCAGAAGUGGGAAAUGAAUAACAUCCAUAGUGUUUAA